AUGGGUCUUUACGACAAUGAUGUUGCAGUCUUAUUGCCGGGUGUUUCUUUCGCAACCCUAGCCGAAAAGGAGAUCAUCGAGUGUAUCGUAGCAAACACUGGAUUACUCAAGAUCUCGGUGAAUCUCCGACUUCCCGAAGGACGACACAAAGUUGAAAAUGCGACGUUGAGAAACGGCGAAUACAAGCGAGUUCUGCGUCGCGAGGCGGCAAGGAAGGCCGCAUGGGAGGCCGAGGAGCUGGCGAAGAAUCCCGUGGAGCCACUCGGUAAGGCUAAGGACGCUAAGGAAGCGGCUCCAAAAUCGACACCAGCUGUCAAGAAACCUCCUCCAUCCACCACUACUAAACCAGUCACAUCACAAGUUGCUAAUCCCACGGUGUCAUCCACCGCUAAAGAACGAAAUGCUUCAUUAGUUGAUAAAAAAGACACGGAUAAGUGGCGGCAGCAGCGGCUUCUUCGGAAAAAGAUAAAAAGCCAGCCGCUGCCCGAAAAAGGCGGAACCAGCCGCAAAAUCGAAAACAGAGCUUGUGCCAAAGCUGCACCAACGACACCAAAGAAACGGAGGACGCUGUCAAGAAACCUGCCGCUGCCGCGCCAAAGAAGGCUGACACCGCAGCUGCAAAGACUUCUCCAGUUGCGCCAAAGAAGGUUACAGAUGCUGUAA